AGCAAGAGAAGAGAGACUUCCGGGAGGCACAUUUCGCUCAGCUUUAACUUGAAAACGACUGGCGUGAUCUCUGUGAAGCCCAUAUAUCCAGUUGUACAUGAUUAUAGCUCUUCUGGUACAUAAAGAGUGCGAGAUAUUUAGUUCCCGUUUUGCCACAGUAGUUUUCAAUAGGCAUGGUUCCAUCUCCACCUGCAGCCUCCAUACGUUUGCAGACAGAAGCCAAGGUAGCCGUACCAACAAAAGCAUGGACGCUGUCCUGAGCAGGUUGAAAGGUCUCACUGCUGAUCAGUUGAGGGAGGAGAUCAUUAAAGCCAACAUGAAAUGCGGCCCCAUCACUGCCACGACAAGAGCCAUAUUUGAGCGUAAGCUCGCCAGGGCUCUGGUGGAGAAUGCUGGACUUACUGAGCCCGACAACAGCGGUGGUAAUACUGCCUCGUUGAACAGCUCUGGAAGUGAAUUGCCACCCAGUGCCACAUCAGCAACCUCAGAUACGGUUAAAGGCGAGGAUGGGGAUUUUGGGUACGGCAUGGGCCUUAACCCACCUGAGGAGGAGGCUCUGAGUGGAACGGUGUGCCCUUGUAAUGUGUCGGAGACACAGACUCCCUCUAAAACUGCACAGGUGUCACCCAAUUUUUUCUACGGAGUGUGUCCAUUGUGGGAGGAUGUACUGGCUAGGAAUGAGAGAGCUCAUGUGUACACAGAGAAGAAAGAGGCUUUGCAGGCUGUGAAAAUGAUGAAGGGGGCUCGGUUUAAAGCUUUCUCCAAUCGUGAGGAUGCUGAAAAGUUUGCCAAAGGCAUAUGUGACUACUAUCCUUCGCCUAGUAAAAGCACUCCCUGUGUUUCUCCUGUCAAACCUGGCUUUGUGUUUAGCAAAGACCACCCGUCUAUGAUGGAGGCUGACACAAUCAACAGGGAGAAGGCAAACAGUUUUAAAAGCCCUCGGACUCAAGAUUUGACGGCCAAGCUAAGGAAGGCUGUGGAGAAGGGAGAUGAGAUGGCCUUUACUGAGCUGGUCUGGAGCAACCCACGUUACCUCAUUGGGUCAGGGGACAACCCUACUGUAGUUCAGGAGGGCUGCAGGUAUAAUGUGAUGCAUGUGGCUGCUAAGGAGAACCAGGCAGGCAUUGCUCAGAUCCUGCUGGACACUCUUGAGAACCCUGAUUUCAUGCGGCUUAUGUACCCAGAUGACCAGGAGAGCAUGCUGCAGAAACGCAUCCGGUAUAUCGUAGACCUGUACCUCAAUACACCAGAUAAAGCUGGAUUUGAGACGCCUCUCCACUUUGCUUGUAAGUUUGGCUGUCCAGAGGUGGUGAACAUACUCUGUUCUCAUCCAGACAUCGACAAGAACUGCAAGAACAAGUACAACCACAAACCCUCUGAGGUCAUUUGUGAGAGAAUGAAAGAAAAGGGUAAAGUUCAGGAGGUCAAACAGAAAAUAAAUGAAUAUUUAGAAGAUCGAUUGUACAUCCCCUUAUUGAGAGCCACUGAUAACUCCUCCCAGCCUGUGAUUGGUGCACCUUGGUCCCCUGAGCCAAUGGAAAACCUGUCACCACGGUUACCCAGAAGCCCAAAGGAUCCAGUUAUGGCAGUCCGGGCCUUUGCUGGACCUCUAAGUCCAUCUAAAGCGGAUGAGUUCAGACGAGCAUGGAAGACUCCUCCCAGAGAACGGGCAGACCAUUUCCACAACAUCCUGAAGUCUGACCCAGACCGUGGAGCUGAAAGAGUUGGCAGAGAUCUGGCCCAUGAGCUCGGUCACCCUUGGGCAGAGUACUGGGAUUUCCUGGAUAGUUUUCUGGACCUGCAGUCAACCGAAGGCCUGAAAAUGCUUGAAGAAUACCUCAGUAAAAAAGACUUCAGGGACGCUGGAGAAAAUGAAACCAGAAACCGGUUUAAAACCCCAUCUCCGGGCAAACUGAAGAAGUUCUGUAACUCCAUCUCCGUGGGGGCGUUUUUGGAUGAGGGUGAUGAUAUCAGCCUGGAGGAGAUCAAGAACAGGCAGAACGCUGCCCUCACAAGUAUUUCUUCUGUUUGCUCCAAAGAUGGCCUGCAGGGGGCGGUAGGGGGGCUUGAGUUUCACAUCCUACCAGUUUCCCACAGCGCUGACCUCAUAGAGGUGGCGGCGGAGCAGGAUCUACUGCUCUCCAGCAGUAAAAAUGGCCUGUGCGAGCAGGACCCCGGGGACAGGACUCCAAACGGGGACAAAAUGUCCCCUCGCAUCUGCAGUUCAUCAAAUUCCUGCAUUUUAUCGCCCAUCUCAAACCUAAUGGCUGAGUUUGAGAGGAUGUCUCUGCUGGAUGAGCCAGACAGGACAAACAGGGAGAGAAGAAGAAGUGGAGGGAAUCGUCACCGAGACGCUCAGGCCACAGAGCUCACCUCUGGACUGGGCCGCCUCUCGUUGUCCUCAGAAGACGACUCUGUGUUUGAUAAAGAUGGGACGUCAGUGUUACGAGCAGCAGAAAAUGAUGGAUUGCUGAGAAAAAAUGAAGUAGAUGUGAGAUCCAGUGCAAGUUCAGAUGAGUACUUUCUGGCCAAUGAGAGGUUGGAACCUAUGAACCAACGGACUGUAGAGACUCCGGGAGGCGAGCGCACAAUCUGUGCCAGAUCAAAGUCCUGGGAUCAUGGGGGAAGAGACCUCAGCUCCUCAGGGUCUUCCAGCUCCUACAGAACACUGGACAGUUCUCAGGACUUCAUACUGCGCACUCCUCCUAGAGUGAUGAAAAGACUCUUCAUUGAAGGGGAUUCGCCCACCAAGUUGGACAGAGAGGUUUUGUCAGCUUUAGGUGGAACAUACAUUGAUCCUCUGAGGUAUCCCAGCAUUGAUAAAUGGAAGAGCACAAUUCAGGCAUACUCCCACUUAGAAAUGCAAAGCUGGCAGACUCCUGUAGUGUACAGGAGCCAUGUCAGGGCUCACUCAGUCACCCCUGGCUCUCCAGCGGGGGGCUUGAUGUCCCCCGCGAGCCGCUUCAGCCCAGCUCGUCACAUGUGCUCGCCGGACAUCUGCAGCCCCGGACGCUACAGCCCAGCACACUACAGUCCUGUGAGCUACAUCCAGCGUAUACGACUCAAACAUUUCGGUGACGUCCCCAUUUAACAAACGCUGUCCAUCCCAUCCAGCCCAAUUUCUACCAAUUAGUAACUGAAAUGAAAAGCGUAACAAUUCAAUAUGGGAUGGAACGUCACCAAGGAGGGGACAGUGUCAUAAUGGAAGCCAUGAAAUGCUCAAAUCGGGCUCCUAGUGCCGUGUAAACUGCAGAUAGGAUCUCACAACAGGCCGUCCUUCAGUUUGUAUGCUCCUAGGUUCAUAGAACACAGCUCAAAUAAUAUGCACAUCUCCCGGGGGCUCCCAAAUCGUAAUAUAUAAAAAAAUAUAUAUAUAUUCGGUACUUCGGUGUAUGACACAAAGUGUGUUGAUCUGUGAUGGUCGUAUAGAUUUUUUAAAAUCUUUUUGUUUUGUUCUUUAUCUAUGUGUGUGUGUGUGUGUAUGAGAUUUAUCUGUGGAUUUGCAAAACUGUGUUUUAAUGGAAAUUAACAGUUUCCCCACUUAACACAGUCAUUUAGUCACUAUAUAAACACAGAAACCCAGUGCUAAAUUAAAAUAACGUAGUAGUAAAUUGAAUUAUUUUUGCUAGUCAACUGUCAGUAGCACAAAAUGCUCAUUUUAAUGGGUAUUUAAUGGUUUUUAAUGUAAAAAAGACAAGAAAAAAAGUCAACUGACUGCCAGAAAUUAUUUUUAUUCUUUAAUUGGAGAACUGCCUUAAAUUUCUAAAAGAAAAGACCAACUUCUCAAUCUCAAAAGCAGGUGUUUAUUCAUGGUUUGUUAGGUGGGAAAAAAAAACAAAGCGAGAGUUCUAUAACGUGUGAAUAUUCCCCUUUUUAUUUUUAAGUUCAAUAAAUGUGAUUUCUCAUUUCUAAGUACACAUUUGUUUACACUUUUAAUUCUUUUUUGAGUUUGACACAGUUCAAGACCUGAAUCUGUAGAGUUUGAGCCGUGCCACAUUCAAGCUAAGGAAAAGUUGAUGAGUGUUAAUGAGUGUGGAAGGCAAGUCGGUACUGUCUUGUUACGGUAAUGCCAUAAUAGCUGUAAGACUUGAUGAUUGUGGAUCAGAAAAUAUCAUUGUCCCUCAUCCCAUCAUAAAUGGCCAAUAUUUCAGUCUCACCGCUAGAUCACGUCAAUGCGAUUCUCACUGGCUUCUGAAAUGGAUCCUUUUUUCCAGAUUCACUCCAUUCGUUUUGGAAUCAAAGCUACUUGACUAGAAGCAGAAAAGCUCCAGGUAGCUCAGUUUUAUGUGAUGAAUAUCUCAAGAAUUGAGUCCAGAACAUCCUCUGUGGUACUUUCAGAUCAUGUGAUCUAUUUCUUUGGUGCCCAUCGUUCUCAGUGUAGUGCUGGCCUGUUGAUCUUUGCUUUGUAAAGCUUUAGUGCCUUUUGAUUAUGAUCUGUUUGGAAGGGCCUGUGGCUCCUCAGAUGCACCGACCACAUACAAGAUGAAUAGAUGCACCUUUUUUUCUGUUUCCUAGUAUAAAAUAUACAGUACAGUAGCAUUGGCAUAUGCAGUGUCUGAAUACCUCUUAAAUACGAUUGUAAGAGAAGAAAAAAAGGUUUACAGUUUAGUUAUUGCUUGUGUUGUAUCAAUGCCAGCCUUACUUUUUGUUAAAUGAUGCUUUGUAGUGCCAACACUGGUGAAUUGAAAAUGAGUUGUAGUUUAUUGUUGAGAAUUGACUUAUUUUUGUUGUCCUGGCCUUUACGUUGCAUGCAUUUCUAGUCCUAUUUUAUUACAGUAUACGUUAAAGGAAAGUAUUUGAUGUUCUAUUGACGAACAAUAAAUAAAGUGCACAGUCUUGUAA